AUGGAAACUGUGGUUUUAAGUAGUGACAUUGCACGUCUUGUUUUGGAUUAUUUAAAAUCACAAAAUCUGAAAAGAGCAACACACACAUUUUGCAAAACAUCACCAUAUUUGAAACAAGAAUUUUCGGCGUUUAAACAUGGUCUACAGACACAUUCAUUUUUUCCCGAAUUAGAGGAAAUAAUAUGCGAAUAUGUUAAAAUAUCAAGAAAAGUUGAUCUAGAACUACCCAAAUUAAGCAAUGAUGUUCGCUUUGAAUUCCAACGAUUAAAGCUAUCGGAAAAAGUUGCCGUCCUAUUAGAGCGAACCGCUGACAAUCACCAGGAAAUUGCUUCAGUCAAAAAUGCUUCAUCUAAUUUACAAACAUCGGCUGGUUCGGGGAAACAAACCAGCAAUAGUAUUAAUUCCGACAAGGAAAAUAAUGGCAAUGGCAAAAAACGUAAACGUCCUCAUGAUCUCAAUCAUUCCCACAAUAACGAUAUAUCUGGUGAUACUAAAACAAAAGAUUCACCAUCUUAUCGUACAAGUCAUUGGUCGAAGAAAAGACGCAUUCUAGAGCCAUAUUGUUUUCUGAGUGCCAAAGCUCUGCAACGGCAUAGACUUCGCUAUAAUAUCUGUUUGUCACCCUGUGCAAUGGGUAGACGAGUUGAUUUAAAAAGUCAUGACGAUAGAGAUGGAGGUGAUGAUGACGACGAGGAGGACGAAGAUGAAGACGAUGAAUGGUCUAAUUCAUGUUCAGAGAUUACAACUGAAACUGAAGCGGGUGAUACUGAAGAUACAGAAUGUGAUCCCGCCUGUUCUAAUGGAAAAGAAUUAUUCAAUGGUGAAAAACCUUCCAAAGAAUCAACGCCGCGCAACAAAACCCAAGAAGAGAAAAUACGUACUCCAAUAUUACCGGAAAUUUCACAAGCCAUUCUUGAUAAUCCAGAAUUUCAACAGAAAUUGGUGGAAAAUAUCAAUCAAGCCCUAAAUAGUUCAGCAACAAAAUUACCACCCUCAAAUUCUGAUGUAAAGGCAACAGAAGAUCCCGCAUCACAAAUCACAAACAAUCAAACUACCAGUACACAGGAUCAAUCCGCGAUAAGUUCCACUCAACUACUUGAUCAAAUGAUUAAAAAUAUACUCGAGGCAACAGAAAAAGAUCCCAGUUUUGAUGCAGUAAUACACGAUGUUUUAGAAGCUUCAAAUAAACCGAUCGUACAAUCAGCUGCAGUUCAAUGUAAUAUUGGAGCACCAACGGCCGAUGCAUGCGUGUCCGCAGCUGUGGGAGAUUUUAAUAAACCUCUAUAUACAUCGACUGAACCACCACCAUUGGUUCCUACCCGACCCCAACCAGCAAUGAUUGAUCAAACUUUAACGGAGCAGCAUCAACUGCCGCAGGCAGUUAAUAUUAGCCCCAUCGAUAUACCACCUCGAACACCUUUGAUUAUAAGGAAUGCUGUGGCCGCAGCAAAUGCAUCAAAUAUGACUACUACGAUGGCGAGCUCAGCCCAAGAUCCUCCCAGUUUGACUGCGAAUAAUUCGUUUGGCUCGUUGAUCGAUCCGAAUUUCUCCAUCUCAAAAUUGAUUGUAUUGAACUCCAAUGACAGCGCCCAGAAACAACAUCCCGAGGUCUCGAUUGGUAAUAUUACAGCAGAAAAUAUAAUAAACCAAUUGACUACAAGCAGUGGUGGUGUAACAGAAAAUGUUAGCGGCAGUGGUGUUGUAACCGAUACUAAUGGCGAUGAUCAAGUAUUUUUCGAUUCUUCAACUGGUCAACUAACAUUUCCUUUAUAUUUAACCAAUGAUGGACUUUUAGCUAAUUUACCAUUUCUGAUCAAUAACGAAGUGGUAACACAACAAUUACAAACAAAUAAUAUUGCCAAUAUGGAUGCUUCGCGCAUAGAAAUCCCCUUGUCUGAACCAAUUGUUGUUUCAGCUGAUCAAUUUCCACGGAAUUCAGUCAUAAUUGGCAGUAUUAAAAAGGCAAAUCAACAACUAGAAAAUCCAACUGUCCAACAGCAUACUGUAGAGAAGCCAAUAAAUGUUGAACAACUUACAUGUAGCACUGAGCCUCCAGGAUCGUUGGAUACACGCUUGUCGGAAAAAGCAACUCCCUCAACUAGCGGUAUUGUCAAUACCAAAGCCUAUCGUAGUCUUUCAACGCCACGAAAACGCGCUUCACAUGUGAGAACAUUAACAUUCUCACCGCGAGCGAAAAAUGCCAAUGAAGGAAUAAAUCCACCGACUUCACAGGCAAACAGUAAUGAAGAACAUGCUAAAGGAGGAAAUUCUGAAAAACCCAUAAUUAAAAAUGUUGAAAUUUUGAAAGGGACAACGGCAAACGAUACUACUUCCGCCUCAGUUAAUGAAAGUACCGGUAAUAUACCACCACUUUUUGUGGCCGAGGAGUGCAGCAAUCAAACUGUUAUUAACAAACAGGUUUCGGCAGCGAUAACGGCUAAUGAUACAGACAAAUCUAAUACCAAUCUUUCGGAUUUGUCCAAGUCUCAAAAUUCGAUUACUUCAGUCGAGAAUACACCCAAACGUAAGCAACAGCGAAAAACUGCAGUACGUUCCUGUAAACGUCAACUAUCCAAAUCUCAAACCGAAGAAGAUCUACAGGUCGAAAAAGCUGAGAAGGAAAAUGAAAAGAAAAUACCACCACAAGGUACGGAAGAAUACGAGAAGUACAUGUUGGAAGAAUGGAAUCGAAUUAAGAAUUCAUCCAACACGGAUCUUGAUGUACGACUGAGGGAAUUAAACUCAAAAAUGACUGUUUUGAAACCAGUGAAGAAGGUCAACACAAAGAAACGGGUCAGGCGUAAAAAACCUGCUGCCAUUAAACGAAAGGAAAAAGAAAUGGCCGAAGAAGCAGAAGAACUUGAAAUGUCUAAGGAGAUGGUAAAUGAGUCCCAGGAAAGUGUAAACGAUUCACAGUCAGCCCAAAAGAGUACAAAUGUUGAUGGGACAAAGGGUUUGGAAUCGAAAGAAGAACCUAGUUACAAUCUGGAGUCCGUAGAAAAACAAAAUGUUGAUAAUUUGGGUCAAAAGAAAAAGUCUAAAGAAUUUUCCAUACAAAUUUCAACGCCAUAUAAAGUCGAUGAAACUACGAUAGCUGUUGCAGAGGUUUCUAGCGCACAAAAUAAAGCCAAAGCUGAAGAUCAGAAAUCCAAAGCAGAAGAAACUGCGCAAACGAAUCCUAUAAUUCCCAAAGAAAGUCAUACAGAGUCUAAAACACAACCUAAAGAAUUUUCACAGGAAAAAGCAAAAUCACCAGUAUCGGUAUUUCAUGCUCCAUCCGGCCAAGCUCCCCACACGCACCACCAUCAACCACAUCAUUCUGACCCUCCUCCACCACAUAUAAACGAGGCAUUGGAAAGGGAGAAACGUACCAGUAACAUUGCCUUACUACUCGAGACACCCUACAAAGAUCCAAAUGUGUCAAAUCUCUCCACCGCAUUUAUGCCCCCAACACCUGGUAUAUUUGCCCCAUCAUUGGAAACCCCAGCUGGCAAGAAUAGAAAUCCACACGAUGAUAUGCAGGCCUCAACUUCAUUCCUAUUUGGUUCCUUAACGAAAAGUGAAUUGGAUACACCAAUGUUGAGUGCCCUAACUCCUGGUUUUCGUUUUACACCAUUUGGCAUAAAAGAUGCGGCUACGCCGCGUAGUGUAACUGGCACGGAAUACUCUUCGGGAGGGGGUUCAUAUUACAAACCUGAUGAAAGUGAAGAUCUCGAUCGGAAUAUCGAUAAAAUUCUAAGGGAUUCAGCACAAAAGAAUCAAAGACAAGAACAAAAUGAAGAAACCGAUAGAACUGAAGAUGACGAAGAGGAAGGAGAGAUAAAAUCUCCAAAAAGAAAUCCCCCAGAAACAGAUGAAGAACACGCUGCCCAUGCCGUUGAAGUGGAAAUUCCAGUGGAAACACUAAAAGUAGAACCGAUUGUUUUAAAACGUGUCAAAUCAUUCGGCACCGAGGCUGUUGAUAGCGUGGAAACAGCUAAAAUUGAUCCUCAUUACACAUUGGUUUCUGGUUUACCGGAAAUAAGCGCUGCUGAAGAUGAAGAAUCUUCAUCAUCCUCCUCAUCGUCUUCUUCGUCGGGAUCAUCUUCCUCCUCGUCAUCAUCAUCAUCGUCCGAUUCAAAUUCCUCUACAAAAUCCAAAACUGUUGUGGAAAUCAAAUCCACCAAAACCCUCUUAGAUUUGGAUAAUCUUUCGGAGAUAUCCAGCACAGAGGAUGAGGAAUGGAAGAAAAUUGUUACCGAAAAGGAUGAAAAUUCCCAAUUAGUCAAUAUUGAUGGGGAGGUGCGUUAUCCAGUACGUAGUUGGUUAACGCCAAUUAAAGAAAACAUUGCCACGGACAAUUCCACCAUAUUGCCUAUGCCGGCACCGGUUACAACCGCAACAUCAACCAUAAAGGUAACCUUGCCCCUCAAAUCAGCAGAGAAAAGAAAUCGCCAAAUUAAAGAGCUUGAAUUAAAAAGAGAACGCAUGAAGGAGAAACUCAAGAAAGAUGCUACGCUGGUGGGCGCUACUGAGAGAGUGGCGUCCACAGCAACAACAGCGCCAAAUAUUUCCGCAGCAUUGGCAGCUACACGUUUAAUGCAUGCCAUGCGUGAUCACGGCAAGAAGCCUGCAUGCUUUGAGAUACCACCACAAAUGUCGCCGCAGGUAAUUACGGACGAAAAACGUUCAAUAGAUGUUCUAACAGCUCUACACUUAUCGGCCAAAAAACAAUUACCAAAAACUCCCGAAUCGAAUAAACCGAAAAAUAAAUCCAAAAUCGAACAUCCGCCUACGCCAGAAGAUCCGAAUACAUCCAGAACGCCGGAAAAUAAAGAAAAUCCGAGGAUGAAUAUUUCAUCAGCCAGUGGAAAAGGCUCGCAAAGAAAAUGUCUACCAAUAGAGGCAAGGCCUGUUGCCAAGACCAUAAGAAAAACAAAUAAGAAAAUUGUGCGAACGCCACUGGCCUUUAAGACUAUUCAGUCACCAGGAAAAAUUAACUCUCACAGCACAACUACAACAUUGGCAGAAUUGGCCAAUAAAUCCAAAGAUAAUUUAUUAUCACCAGCCAUUGCAACUGUGAGAGUAUCACCGCGCCUGGUUAAACCCAGAAAAACAACAAAAACUAAAAAUUCACCCGAGUCCAAAACCAAAGCUAGUCCAAAAACCACAAAGGCAAAAACGGCGGCAGCAGCAGCAGCCCCAAAACCAAAGGCAACACGUGCCACCAACAAAAAGAAAGCCGCGACGUCAACAAAGGCUAGUAAAAAGAAGAUGGAUUUAGAUGAUCGCCGCGAAGGAAUGUUGGAUGAACGAGUGAUAAAAGAAGAUGAAACAAAAUUGGAGGUACCACCACCCCCAAUUCAUCCCAAACUUAAUAUCAAACCUAAAAUACCCUUUAAACCUGCAAAGACCAGUGGCAAAACUAAAAACAACAACAAUAACAAUGAAUUAGCCGAAGACGUUGUGGCGCAUGAAAAAGAACACCAAACUGUUACACCUGUGCAAAAUGACGAAGCCCUGCAAAUGGAACAGGAGGCAGCAAUUAAAUCUAUACAAACAGAAAUUACAAAUCUGCCACUGGAACCAGCUGCUGAAGCCGCCGUCAAUGAUCCAAUAUCUGAAGAUGAUGCUACAUAUGAUUGUGAAAUUGUUACCUAUGAUGAAAGUGAUUCAAAACAUUUUAUUCAUUGCACCUAUCAGGGUUCAGAUGAACCACCACCUACACCAGUAAAAAUACACGAUUUGUCAAAUUAUAAAAUGGUUGUUUCUUUGGAUGGUGUUGAAGAACAUGUUUGGCGUAUCUCUGAAGGUAUAACGCUAUACACCAGCCAACCAGCACAGGGUAAAAUACGUACUGUUCCGAAAAAACGAAAAGUACGUGUAACACAUAUUGCCGAUGAUAAACAAUCUGGUGGGCCAUCAGUUGUGAAUACAAAAAUUGCAGCUGUAUCAUUGAAAGCGUUUACAUCGGCAGCAACACCUGGAGCAACAUCAACACCGGUGAUUCAGGGUGGUGCGGCGAUAUCUCGAACCGAGGCGACGUCUAAAAAAGAUGAAGGUACUAAAACGACGACAGCAAAUAAUUCUGAAAAACAAUCGCCCCACAAAGAAGGAGAAGAAGAAGGAUGUAAUGUAAAUCAAAAAAUACACAUAGAAGAUAUAGAAUCUAUAUUAUCGCAUUUGCAUGGCACUUAG